AUGUUUAGUCAGAAAUAUUUGUCUAUAUUGUAUUUCAAUUGGAUAAUAUAUUCGUGCAAAUGUCAGUAUUUAGAGAAGUUUGUUGCCCCGAUACUGGACAAUCAAAACGCACCACUUGUUGCAAUAGUUGAUACAAGAAAUAUAAGUUCGCAUAUUGUCCGGUCUAUCGAAAUCCCAUUACGGGAGAUUAUAAAUUCAACUACACAAUGCAAAAUAAAAGAAGAACUAGAAAAAUAUGCUGUUUCCAGUCAGAGGAAUGUAAAUGGUCAGCUAGAAACCUUACAACACAAGAUUGACAAACAUAUUGAAGAUCUCAGUAACCAAUUCACGGUAGUUAACCAGGACAUUGUGUCAUUGAGAAAGGACACGGAAGAUACCAUUUCACAUGAAAUUCUUGAACAUAAGGAGGAUUUGACCAAGCUUGUAAAUACCCUGAAAUCGAAUCUCGAUAAAAAGAUGAAUAAUUUAAGUAGAAAUGUGGUUUUCGUGCAGUCAGAAGUACAAAAGAAGAUCGACAAACAUAUUAAAGAUAACCGGCACCAAUUUACUGUGCUUCAACAGGACGUUGCGACAUUAAGGAGAGAAAUGGAGGAAAAAAUAUCGCAUGAUAUUCUUGAAAACAUUACGAAUUUUACUAAAAUUGUCAAUACUGUGAACAAAAACCUAGUUGGAAAAGUGAAGAAUUUAACCAACAAUGUGGAAAUCAUGCAAUCUGAACUAGCAGAACAACUGGAACAGCAUUCAAUUAGAUUAGGGGGACACAGCUCAAGGCUAGACGACCUAAAUGCUAGUUUAAAUGCCAUAAAUUCAAGAGCUCAGCAACAGCAGAAAUCGGAUUUACUUGAAACACAAUUGGCAAAUGCUGAAGAGAUAAAUAACACACAACUGCAGGAAAAUGUUAAUUUAAAGAUUUUAACAGAACUAGCUCAGCUUCAUCAGAAAUUGGCAAAUAUUGAAAAGAGAAAUGAGGAAACGGAAUACCGAAACAAUUUAAAAUUUUCAGAUUUACAAAACCAGAUUUAUGACCUCCCGGAACAAGGUUUUUACGAAUAUGCAGCUAUUUUUACUGAGCCACUCAGUUACUCUGCUACAACACCAGUGUUGUAUAUUCAUGGACACGACGAUGGAAACGUAACAAUCAAAUAUAAUAGUUUCAAUAGUAACAUGUCAAUUACUAAAGGAAAAAAUGAAAUGAUCUUAAAGAAAGGAGUUUUCCUCAGAGAUGGAAUAGAAAAUAAAGGCAUACAUAUAACAUCAACAGUCCCUAUCACUGUUUAUGUUUUUCAGACACACAAACAUUCAUCUGAUGGAUAUGCAGCAAUUCCAAUCAAAUACAUGUCAACAGAAUAUAUAGUUUCAUCUUUUACUGUGUGGAAACAUAAUGAACGAUAUUACAAUAGUUUUUUUGGAAUUGUUUCAUUAAGCGAAUAUACAAAUGUAAAAGUUAAACUAAAAAUGAAGCAAGGGACAGUUCAAUUUAAUGGAAAAGAGUUUGGAAAUGGUAAAAUUAUAGAAAUAAGAAUGUCUGCCUUCCAAACAUUACAAUUAUCGCAUAAUUAUGAUAUUUCGGGAACGGCGGUUUCAUCAUCUAAACCAAUAGGCGUUGUUUCCGGGAAUAUAUGCAACCUAGUUGACAAUCAUGCUUGUAACCAUGCAACAGAAAUGAUAUUACCUAUUAAUCAGCUAGAUAAUGAGUUUAUUAUUCCUAUAAUCCAAACGCGACCAAAAAGUACCGUCCGAUUAUUAUCUCCAGGAAAAGGUCAAAUCAAAGUUCACCAUGAAGAUAGACAUUACGAAACUCAACUUAAUGAGGGGGAGUAUCAUGACCUUAUCCACAAUGACAUAUCAGUGGUUCAGUCAAUCGGCAAUCUUCUUGUGACAGUUUUUCCUCAUGAGGCUCACGGUUUUGAUUCAUACAUGAUGACGGUAUAUGGCAUUAAUCAAUACAAAUCUGAUUACAGUUUUAUUAUUCCGAGUAACUUUUCGAGUUUUGUAAGCAUUACCUUUUAUGGAGAUGACAUUCGUGGAUUCGAGAUCGACGGUAAUGGAAUGAAGGUUCAUAAAAAAUUUCAAAAGAUUGUUCAUGGUAAAAAGUAUAUUACAUUCAGUUAUAACAUAACGGAAGGAGCUCAUAGGAUCAAUAACUAUAUGGGAAUCAGGUUCGGAUUGUGGUUAUAUGGAAAUCGCUUUAAUGACGGAUAUGGUUAUCCUGCUGGAAUAGCUUUUCGUAGAAAUGAAGGUUAAAAGAACAUUUCCUAUACAUCCUAUCCAAUGUUGUUACCAAAGUUAUGUUAAUAAGAAUUUGUAAAUGUACUGCAUGUUUCUUAUAGUCAUAUUUAUGCAAAGGGGGACACCAAAGCAAUAGGACCUUCUAAAAUAAAUACACAUAUAAUAUUAAUUAUAUCAGUAUGAACACGGGAAACAUCACCCUGAAGCCAGACAAAACCCUUCUCAAAUAUUAAACGAUGAAUUCAUAUAUUAAACUCAUCAGAAAUACCAGGAUCAGGAUUACAAAUAAAUACGCAA